UCUCACACACACACACAUACCUACCUACAUCCAUCACCCUCUCCAGCACCCAACAUGUCGAAACGCAAUGGCGUGGUCAACGAAGUCGAGCAGUCCACCAAGGAGGUAGCAUCAGAACCGCCCAAGGACAAACAAGAGCGGCUCCUCAACGACCCCAACCCAGGCCACUUCAGUCUCGUGCGCGCCUACCAUCUCGCCGAUCUGAUCACCCUCAUGAACGGCUUCUGCGGAGUCAUGUCUGUUCUUUCAUCCCUCCGCUACUGCAUCGGUCGUCCCGAAGACACGGGAAACGCCUGGGCUGCCUUGGCUCUCAUGCCUCUAGGACUAUUCUUCGAUUUUUUCGACGGCAAAGUCGCGCGAUGGAGGAAGAAGAGCAGUUUGAUGGGCGCAGAGUUGGACUCUUUGGCGGAUUUGAUCUCCUUCGGCGUUGCCCCAGCAGCCUGCGCAUUCUCGCUUGGAAUCCGAACGCCGCUCGAUCAGCUCCUUCUCACGCUCUUUGUCCUCGGUGGGCUCGCUCGUCUUGCACGGUUCAACGUGACAACCGGCAACGUGCCCAAAGACGCCACGGGAAAAGCAAAGUACUUUGAAGGACUACCCAUCCCUACGAGCUUGACAUUCAGCACCGGCCUCGUAUCCUUCUGGCUCUACAAAGGUUGGGUACAAGAGAAUAUCCCUUACGGAACGAUUGCAACGGGCACGAUAUUUGAGUUCCAUCCCGUCGUGGGAAUAUGGCUGGCGCAUGCUUGCUGUAUGUUGAGCAAGACGCUGCAUAUCCCGAAGCCAUAGAGGACACUACAUGGGGCAUGGAAUCGUGGCCAGGAGAGGAAAAAUGAGAGUCAGCAUAGGAAAGGCGAGCAAGCAAGCGAGGCGCACGAACAGCAGAUGUGGUUUUGAGUGGUGCUCUUUCAGUUGAAGAUACCCAAUAUGCAAUUCAACUUGUUUUCUGAACCGUUUCCC